UGUAGUGGACUCUCAAGCCUCAAGAAACAGUAUCAGAUUCUGACCCCCUUCUCCCCUGUGCUCUCCUCCUCCUUCCCCACUCCGACGAUCGAAAACCGUACCGUAAUCCAGCAUCUCGUUUCGAACACAGCUCGAUCUGGGCGCCCAUGGAGGUCUGAAAACCAGUAAAAUUCUCGUCUUUCCUUUCCGAAGGUGAUAGAAAUACCGUCAAUCGGUGUUUUUCCACCGCGUUCCGGGUCAAAUCCGAGAUAGGAACGGUCAGAAACUUGAACGAUACGUCUUGUUUUUAGAUCGAAGGAGAGGAAGGAAGGCUCUUGUUUUCUUCUUCUUUCUUCUUUUCUUCUCAAGCAAGAUUUUUUUUUUUUUUAAAUGUUGUUUUGCUGAGGUCGAUCCCAAGAUAGCCCUUUGCUACAUUAACUUCGGAUUUUUUAAGCUAUGUUGUUUUGAGAGCUCAAAGUCUUUGUUUUUUUGGGCGAUUUUUGGUUUUUUCGUUAGCUUUUAUUAUUCAGCUGAUCUUACCUUGAAAAUCUCCAAAGUCGCUACCAUCCCCAGUCCAAUUAAAUUCGAGAUCCUGCUAUUGGGCUUCAAUGAAGCCAUAAACUUCUCGGUAUCUUAGUUUGGGACUCUGGAUAGGUCAAAUCUCUUCAGCUCUCAGCUCAAAAAUAUCCUGACAUCCUUUUCGAUCUUAGUCUGGGAAAGUUUUGGCUAUUUGGAUUUAGAGCUCAAUUCCGACAAGUAAUUUCUCUGGGCUUCUUCGUUUAUGUUCCUUGGUUACCAGAAUCUUUAGUUAACUUCAGAAGUUUGAUUGUUAUAUUUUGAAUCCAAGGCCACCAAAUUGCAAGUUGAAGUAAAUAAACAUGACUAUUGGAAGCCUUUCCCCGGCCGAGAACAAGGGAGGACGAAAGAACAAAGAGAUUCUUGAUGAUAAUUCUCCUCUUCUACCAACCAAACACGAGGUAGAUGGAGGAUAUGAUGGGUUUAAUGGAGCAUCCUUUGCUGGGGCUGUGUUCAACCUAUCCACGACCGUCGUGGGAGCUGGAAUCAUGGCGCUCCCUGCCACCAUGAAAGUCUUAGGGCUGGUGCCUGGACUUGCGCUUAUCAUAUUCUUUGCUUUCCUCACCGAGGCCUCGAUCGAUAUGUUGAUCAGGUUCAGCAGGGCGGGGAAAACAAUCUCCUACGCAGGAGUUAUGGGGGAUGCAUUUGGAAAAAUCGGGAAGAUGCUGCUACAGAUCUGCGUUGUCAUAAAUAAUGUCGGCAUGAUGAUCGUCUACAUGAUAAUUAUUGGUGACGUGCUUUCCGGGACAUCAUCCAGUGGGGUUCACCAUUCUGGUGUUUUGGAAGGAUGGUUUGGGGAGCACUGGUGGAAUGGCCGCUUUUUUGUUCUUCUAGUCACUACUCUUGUAAUUUUUGCUCCAUUGGCAUGUUUCAAGCAUAUAGAUUCAUUAAGAUUCACGUCUGCUUUAUCAGUUGCACUAGCAGUAAUUUUUGUUGUAAUUACUGCUGGGAUGGCUAUCGUAAAAUUGCUGAGUGGAAGCAUUUCCAUGCCCAAGUUGUUUCCUGAUAUACCUAAUAUGGUAUCUAUUUGGAACCUCUUCACAGUGGUCCCUGUUCUCGUAACUGCAUAUAUCUGCCAUUACAAUGUUCACACCAUAGACAAUGAGCUUGAAGACUCCUCCCAGAUCAAGCCCAUCGUACAGACAUCACUGGUGCUCUGCUCUACUGUCUACAUAACAACAAGCUUCUUUGGUUUCCUCCUCUUUGGUGAAUCCACUCUUGAUGAUGUGCUCGCCAACUUCGACUCCAAUCUUGGUAUCCCAUACAGCUCUCUGCUUAAUGAUGCUGUCCGAGUGAGCUAUGUUGUCCACCUUAUGCUUGUAUUCCCCAUCAUCUUCCACGCGCUCCGGCUCAACUUGGAUGGCCUCCUCUUUCCUUCAGCAAUGCCUUUGUCUUCGGACAAUCGGAGGUUUGCGCUAAUUACAGUGGGGCUUCUCUCAGUUAUUUUCUUGGCCGCAAAUUUCAUUCCCAGCAUUUGGGAUGCCUUUCAAUUUACUGGUGCAACAGCCGCCGUCUGCAUUGGAUUUAUUUUCCCUGCUGCCAUUACCCUCAGGGACCCUCAUGGCAUAGCGACCAAGUGGGAUAAGAUCUUAUCUGUUUUCAUGAUCGUCCUUGCCGUGCUUUCAAAUGCGAUAGCUGUAUACAGUGAUGCCUAUGCUCUCUUCCAGAAGGAAAAGGCCUCACCUCUGUCUUGAGCUUCUGUGAUUCUUGGUAUGGAGGAAGUAAAACAGUGGCGUCUCAUGUCUGGUUUGCAUAUGUAGGUUGUUCGUAAGAUUGGUUAAUAAAUUGAGCACUAACCUUAGUGGGCAUGGUCCAAGUUUUGUUCGGUUCGAUAAUAGAAAGCAACUCAACAUGUAAGUUGAGCAAAGAUGCUAGGAAUGAUAUAUGUGGAAAGAUUGGUGUAUCAGAGGUUAUUGCACAACACGUACCUGUUACGAAGGGUGAAAUUGGAGUUGCAAAUUGUAAAUUAUUGAAUCAAUCGAAGUUGGUCUACCUUUAUACUUGAACUAUGUCUUUUCAUUGGCUGUGUAAGCUCCUAAUUGUGUGCGUUAUAAAAUGUACGGGCAACUUCUUUUUGCUCAAUAAUUUCAGUGCGAUAUGAUUCUCUGAAAA